AUGACGGAUAACGAGCCCAAGGGCUGCAUGGAGUGGGUGGUCACCCUGUUCUCCGUGCUGAUCUUCAUCAUCACAUCGCCCAUCGCCAUCUUCAUAUGCUUCAAGGUGGUGGCGGAGUACGAGCGGGCGAUCAUCUUCCGGCUGGGCAGACUGAGCGGCGGAGCUCGUGGUCCCGGCAUGUUCUUCAUCCUGCCGUGCAUCGAUGAGUACCGCAAGGUGGACCUGCGCACGGUUACCUUCAAUGUGCCGCAGCAGGAGAUGCUGACGAAGGAUUCCGUGACGGUCACCGUGGACGCGGUGGUCUACUAUCGCAUCAGUGAUCCCCUUUACGCGGUCAUCCAGGUCGAGGACUACAGCAUGUCCACCCGCCUCCUGGCGGCCACCACGCUCCGAAACAUCGUCGGCACUCGCAACCUGUCCGAGCUGCUAACCGAGCGCGAAACCCUGGCCCACAACAUGCAGGCCACCUUGGACGAGGCCACCGAGCCCUGGGGCGUCAUGGUGGAGCGCGCUGAGAUCAAGGACGUCUCCCUGCCCGUUUCCAUGCAGCGCGCCAUGGCCGCCGAGGCGGAGGCCGCUCGUGAUGCUCGUGCCAAGGUGAUUGCCGCCGAGGGUGAGAAAAAGUCCGCCACAGCGCUCAAGGAGGCCUCCGACGUCAUCUCCGCCAGUCCAUCGGCCUUGCAGCUGCGCUACUUGCAAACCCUGAGCAGCAUCUCCGCCGAGAAGAACUCCACCAUCAUCUUCCCUCUGCCCAUGGAGCUGCUGACUCCGUACCUGGCCAAGUACGCCCACUUGAUGGGACCGCCACCAGAACUUAAGCAAUCGCCGGAGAAGUCCGAUAACUAAGUUUUAGACGCACAUGCCGCUUGGCCAAAGACCAACCUAUGAUUUGAAUCUAAAGCGCUGCCAGAGUUUGAAAAUAUUAA